AUGUGUGCAACUGAAUUAGAAGCUCUAAAAAACAAAAUAAAAAAUGUGCAUAUGGUUGAUGCGUUUGCUGCUUAUUCAAAAUUAGAACGAAGAAUAAAGGUUUUAGAACGUCAGCUAAGGGAUCUAGCUCCUGAAACAUUCGUCGGAUCUAUGACUCGUCGUUUCGGCAUUUAUUUUACCCUACAUGCGAUUGAAGCUAUUUUUAUAGCCUAUCUAAUUUCUCGUGCACCUGCAGAGACAAUAAGUCGUGAGACAUUAUAUUCUAUAAAAAAGGCAGAUGAUUCUAUGCAUCAUCAAGUACUCGUUACAAUAUGUACUGUGUUGUCGUAUAUUCCUGCAAAAAUUUUAGUAAUAUCCUGGGUUAUUUUGUGUCGUUCAACUAUUUCACUUACAGUUAGUAAGGUAGAAAGCAAAUUUCAACAACAGGGACAACAGUCAGACGAAAACUCAAAUCGUAAUCCUCAUCAGGAUACAAGUGAUGAAUCUUCUUACCAUACACCAAACGGCUCAUUGUAA